AUGCCACCAAUCCUGUCGCGCAAACGCCUACAAUCUGGCUCUCCGGUCCCAGAACCGCCACCGAAGCGCCCGCGAGCACCGAAAGCGCCCGCGGCCAAGCCAGCUGCACCAAAACCUCCUGAACGCCGAACGAAGCAAUUCGUAUUUGACGCGCCGCCAAAAGCGAAUCGUACGCUUUUGCAAACGAAGAGGUUCUUGGAGGGCAGUGAUGACGAUAGCGAGCUUUCAGACGCCGGCAGCAGCGACGACGAUAUAUUCGAGGAUGUGCCCCUUAAAAAUGUAAGCAAGGGCAAAGGGGAUGCGAAGGGCAAAACACAAGAAGCCUCAGGCUCGGAAGAGAGCGAGGAGGAUGACUGGGAGGACGCACUCGGCAUACAACGCCACCACACAAAACACGAUGCAGGACCAGAUCCUAAAAUCUCCGGUGACAUCGCCCUCACACUUUCCGCAGCACCGAAAGCCGCGUUCGAUUCAAAACUAGACGGCAAAAGGGGACCUUCGAAGGUACAGCGUCAGAUACGGAACGUGACACAUUGCAUGCAUGUGCAGGCUCUGAUGUUCCACAACCUGAUGCGCAAUGCUUGGAUAGAGGACAAAGAGGUGCAGAAGACGCUGGUGGGAGGGCUGACCAGUGGGUGCUGGCGUGAGGUUGAGCGGUAUUGGCGCGAUGCUGGCGUGCCAGACGGGCUCAGCCGCGCAGUCGUGCAGAGAAAGUCACAGAAGACGCCUGAGAAGGUGAACAAAGACGCAAAGAAGAAUUUCAAUGACAAGAAGGGCAACUGGAAGGCCAGCGGCAGUAAUGGAGUCAAAGUAUAUGAUACUCCAGAUAACAAGCUCUCGAAGCAGCGAAAAGAGGAAGCUCGGCGCGAGUACGAAGCCACACUGGCAAGAGAUGAGAUUCCAGGAUUAUCGGAGAGACAACAGCGUGACUGGGGUGCGAAGUCGAAGCGUAUGGAGCCGGAGACACCGAACAUGGCUCACGGCGACCCUUUGUUGCGACUGUUGAAAUAUCUCUCGGCAUAUUGGAAAGCAAAGUGGAGAUCCACAGCACCCGCACUACGAAAGCGAGGCUACCUGUCGCCUUCAACGCUACAGGCAGAAAUCGAUGCAUGGAAGGAAGAUGGCUCUCAUGCGGAUAGCUUCGGGGAGCGCAUUGAGGGUCGCGAAGCAUUCCGCGAGAUGGCACGCAAAAGCGAGGGCAGCAAGGACGCCGGUCAGCAGCUUUUUACGGCACUGAUUCGAGGACUCGGCAUCGAAGCUCGCAUGAUAGUGAGCUUACAGCCAGCUGGUUUUGGGUUCAGUCAGGCUGAGGAGGGCAAGCCCAAAAAUUUGGAGAAGCUGAAGGACCUUACAAAGUCUGCGCAGAUCGAAGGUGCUACAAAAGCCACGCCGUCAAAAUGGACGCCUGCAAUGAGGGCCAACGCGAGACAACAAGUCUCUCCUCGAAACCGUAGAAAAGUCGUCACAUCUUCAGGCUCGGACUCUGACAGUAGUGGUCUCAGCAGCGUCAUCUUGAUUUCAUCUGAUAUUGAAGUCGACAAGAGAUCAAAGAAGACAUUGAUCACCCGCGAUUAUAAAGACGACCUGCCAUACCCGACGUACUGGACCGAAGUUAUUUCAAACCUCACGCAUACACCCGUCUCGGUCUCUCCACUCUCACGUAUGAUCAUCGCCAGCUCUGCGAUACCUGAGAAAUACUCCGACUUCUACGCUCGUGGCGCGGCAGCCGACAAGGCGAAGCAGGUUCUCGCGUACUUGAUCGCCUUCUCGUCUGAUGGCACAGCGAAGGACGUCACUACACGCUAUCUCCCCAAAAAUCAGUGGCCAGGUCGUACCAAGGGGUUUCGCAUGCCCAUCGAAAAGAUACCAAUUCACAACAAGCGCGGCAAAGUCAAGCGGUGGGAAGAAUGGAAUUGGUUCAAGUCCGUUAUGCGCCCCUUCGCGCGCCCUCACAACAAGCGCCAACCCUGGGACGAGGUUGAGGAAGGGGGUGAUCUUGUCCCCGCAGAGCCCGAGAAAAAGAAGACGAUGGACGAAGAAGGUGGCAAAGAGACUCUGCAGGGGUACAAGAGUUCGACGGAAUACGUGCUCGAGCGUCACCUGCGCCGCGAAGAAGCGCUCAAGCGCGGCGCACAAAUUGUCCGCCACUUUGCCAUCAGUAAGAAGGGCGAAGAAGACAAGCUUGAGCCCGUCUACCGCCGCAAAGACAUCGUAAACUGCAAGACCACUGAAUCGUGGCACAAGGAAGGCCGUGAGGUCAAGCCUGGCGAGCAACCGCUCAAGUAUGUACCCAUGCGCGCUGUGACCAAGACUCGCAAACUCGAAAUCGAAGAACGUGAGCGUAUCGAAGGUGGGAAGGUUCAGCAGGGCUUGUAUGCGAAGAACCAGACGGACUGGAUCAUUCCUGAGCCGAUCAAGGAUGGAAUAAUUCCUGUCAACGCGUUCAACAACAUUGAUGUAUACGUGCCCACCAUGGUACCGAAGGGUGCUGUGCACAUCCCGCUCAAAGGCACAGCACGCGUGUGUCGCAAGCUGAACAUCAACUACGCAGAAGCAUGCACGGGUUUUGAGUUCGGAAAGCAGCGUGCUGUGCCAGUCAUCACUGGUGUUGUUAUUGCUGAAGAGAACAAACAGCUGCUCAUCAAUGCGUGGGAGGCUGAAGAGGCUGAAAAGGCAAGGAAAGAAGCAGAGAAGAGACAGAAGUUUGUACUGGGGCUGUGGAAGAAAUUCUACUCGGGCUUGAAGAUCGUGCAGCGCAUGAAGGAGGAGUAUGGCGAGGAGGCGGAGUUACCGCAGAAGGACUUGUAUGCGCCGGUAGACAACAAAGUCGAGAGUGAGUGGGAUGUGUUCCAGAAGCAUCAGGGCAAAGACUUUGAGGGUGGCUUCCUGAGGCAAGAGCUUGCAGGAGGCGGUGGUGGUUUCAUAAAGGACGCAACGCCAGCAGCUGCCCGCGCUGAAGAUAUGGCUGGAGGCUUUUUUCCCGCAAGUCAGGAGGAAUUCACGCAUGGCGACCUCACAAUCGAUUUCGGCGACCACGAAGAGCUGAAACGCACACUUGCCGCAGACACCGCAUAUCGUACGCCCAUCUCGCUCACAGCCGCCGCUGAACAGCCGGACACCGAUAGCAAAGAUGACGAGCCUGACGCAGCACGAAACGCAGGCAUUAUAGAAGCGAACAUUGUUCAGAUUGGAGGGAGCGAAGACGAAGACGACGAAGACGAUAAACACCUCGUCCCACGCCGCCGCAAAUCCACCAACACGAAGCCAGCACCAAAGCGCUCAAAGCGCAUUUCGACCGCAGCAUCAACGCGAAAGCGCACAUCCAUCAUCGAGUCUUCGGACGAGGGAUUACACUCAGAUGCGCCUUCCGAUCCUCCAACACCGCCGCCUUCUACGAGAAGUGCGCCAAAGCGCAAGGCUAGAGGGUGUCGCCCAAGAAAGCAAAGAACGGUGGUAGUGCUGGAGGGGGAAGAGGUGGAAGGCGUGCAGGAAAAGGGCGCGGGAAAGCGCAGACGUGAUAUGACGAAUCGACAUUUGGGGGCUGACAAUUCUACCAAUGAUGUGGUGUGCAGCUGCGAACAAGGGGCUAUGCAGGUAGUGGCUGCCACACUCAGCCCCAAGCCUGUUAUUUACCCGCUUCGAACCUACGGUAUUCUGCAACAGAUUCCUUUCAACACUCUUCUUCCCGUCACCUGUAACUCACCGAGCUUCUGGUCCCCAUUACUGUCCUUCAGCAGUGUGGGCCCUGUCAUGACAACGCCUUCUGGAGAUCAGUCCGGCCCUCUUCCUCAUGGGCUGGUCUCCCAAGUCGACACUGAAGAGCAGAUUUCGCAAGGACCGGUGGCAUACAGCGACUUCGAUUCUACUGAUGGAGAUCAAGCAGAGGAGGAAGGAGCGGAGGUCAGACAGGAGCGACCUUUGCCAUCGAAGAGCCCCGAGCUAGCUUUUUGGACGAAGAGCUUCCAGAGCGAUCUUAAUCUUCUGCAACAUACAGGGCUUUCACGCAACGAGUAUACGUCAAUAUGGACGCGUCUGGGAUCUCCACAAAGUUGUUCAAAAUUCAGUCUAGGAGAAGCUCUUGACGGAACAGGCGAUCGUACGACCUACGCUUACACAAAGCCGAUAGCGAAGCCGAAUGUUGUACAUGACGCAUUGAAACGCGUCGUUCAUCAAAGCGAGGUACCAAGACAUUCGGGAAUUCUAGGAGUAACUACGAUUCCAACACAGUUGGCAGAUCCGGAGAUCUUAAUUCAACUUGGCUAUUCGUUCAUCAUGGAGAGGGAACGCUUCGAGAUAGCACACGCUCUCAGUCAAGAUUCUGUUGAUGAGAUAGUCAACAAGACUGACAUGUCCCGAGCAACUAGUGUGCUCACACAAUGUGAGGAUUGGGAGAUUGCAUCUUUGACCGUCAUUGUUGUGGUUCACCACGGGCCCGAGCCGGAAUGGGCUCGAAAGGAGGCCUCCCCAAGAACGGCAGGGUCUAUGGCAUCGCAUGACCCUGCUAUAGUACCUGUCGCAUUUUCUGACCCGGAUCAGACGAGGAUACUGAGGGAAGGCUUGUCCAGAAUUCACGGUCGACCUAUCAGACGCAUACCAAAGAGCCGAUCCUUGGCAGGUACAUCUGUCACAGGAUUUCAUACGUCGCGCUCGGUAAUGUCUAAGAAUAGUUACAAGACGGCUUCUGGAGGACCAGAUCAUCGCGAAUUUGUCCGAAAGCAGCUUCAGGAAAAUAGUCAGUACGCUCAGAUGCUACGUUCUAGAGACUUGUGGCCUGUCGAUCCUUCCACAGAACAAGACUGGUCCGGCAGGGGACAGCAUGUGGAGUUCACCAAGAGCGACUACGGUCAGAUCAACGAUCUACUGCAGGUCCAAGGUAUACUUGGAAGCACGACAGGCACGAUUGUGGAAAGCGUCAGGUGCCGACGUAUUUUACUCGCACGCAAGACGAUAUCUUGCAACCGCAAGUUCACUAAGGAGCAAGCCAUUGAAGAGGUAGCUCACAUCAGCCGGCUCAGCCACGCACAUGUCUUGCGUGUGAUAGGAACAUACAUCGUUGGCAAGAACCUCUCUAUACUACUAUACCCUGUCGCGAGGUACAAUCUCGACGAAUAUCUGGAGACGGUUGUUAGCGUCUCCACCGGACGACGCCAGUGGAUAGCAAUGGUGAACUCAUGUCGCACAUUUUUCGCCUGCCUCAGCGAUACGAUCCAUUACAUCCACUCAACAUUCACGAAGCAUUUGGAUAUCAAGCCACACAACAUACUCGUCCGGAAACAACUUAAGCCAUCCUGGUUGAUCCUGGAGUACCCAUACACGUUCACGAUCUACAUUGCAGACUUUGGAGUAUCAAGAUCGUACCCACGCGAGGACUUGAUAGAAACAGAUGGUCAGGUAUGCUUUACACGCAAGUAUGCAGCCCCGGAGGUGGUAUCCAUGGAUAAGCGAGGACUCCCUGCAGAUAUGUUUUCUUUGGGGUGCGUUUACUUGGAAAUGUACAUCGCCCUUUGCGACGCGUGGACUGGCAUUGCAUUUCACGACGAUUUGGCCAACAUGUUAAGUUCGGGUGCUGGGUAUGACAGACUGAAACAAUUGCAACGCGAGGACCAGACAACCCACACUCGCCAACUCCAGUUGCGUCUCGAAAACAGUCCCAACGGUAAUUCUUACCAGGACAACCUCGACAUCUUAAAUUACCAUUACUUGACGACCUCCACAGCACUGGAUACGUCCAAGACAAUAUCUCACGAGGAGACGCUCCGAACAGACUUUACCGGUGCGCUGAGACUGCUCAUUGCUGCUAUGAUGAGCCCAUCACCUCGAGAGCGACCGACGGCUUCCGCUCUUCGCAAGCUUUUUGUCGGAAACUUCUGUUGUGGGAAGGGGUCUUGCCAACUGGAGGCUACGGUAGAUAAUUCGGAUGAAGACGAAAGUAGUGAGGAAGGCUAG